AUGAGUGCAGAUUGGUCGGUUGAUCCCGAUAACAGAAGACGUCUUUUGGCACUUCAAAAGCAGGGUGAAAACAGAAAAUGUUUUGACUGUGGAACCGCCAACCCGCAGUGGGCCACUCCCAAAUAUGGAGUAUUCAUUUGUUUAGAGUGUGCAGGUAUCCACCGUGGAUUAGGAGUUCAUAUCUCGUUUGUCCGUAGUGUCACCAUGGACCAGUUCAAGCCUGAUGAGAUGAAGUCCAUGGAAUUGGGCGGUAAUGAGAGAGCUCGAGUCUAUUUUGAGAAAGAAGGUCUUGAUAGUUCGAUGUCAGCUCAGCAAAAGUAUAAUUCAACAGUUGCUGAGGAUUAUAAGGAGCUUCUAGCAGCCGAAGUGGAGGGCAAAGAGUAUGUUCGACGAGACCGACCGAAAUUUAUUCCAGGACCCGAUGGCAAUGCCAGCACACCAUCAGGACCACCUAUUGGAGGGGGAUCAGUUGGCGGAUCGCGACCUUCGUCAGCUCAAUCGCACACUCAAAAACAGCGCAACGAAUCAUAUUUUGCCAGCUUAGGAGCUAAGAAUUCGGGCCGACCAGACAAUCUUCCUCCAUCACAAGGUGGUAAAUACAGUGGAUUUGGUAGCACGCCACCGCCACAAACUUCAUCAGGAUCGGGUUCAGGUGGGCUUGGCUCGCUAUCGAUCGAUGAUUUGCAGAAGGAUCCUUUAGGCUCACUGACAAAAGGAUGGAGUUUGUUUUCCAGUGCAGUUACGAAAUCAGUUGGUGAAGUCAGCGAGUCGUAUAUCAAGCCCGGGAUGAGGAAUUUUGCUGAAAGUGACGUUGGAGCCAAUGCCCGUAAGGCCAUGGUUCAAUUCGGACAGAAAAUGCAAGAAACUGGUAAAUACGGUAUUGAGACGUUUAACCAGUUCACUAACGAGCAUGGUCAUCAUGGCGCAUCGUCUGCCAAUGGAUCGUAUGGAAAGUUGUUUGACGGUCUGGGAGAAGAACCCACCAUCGAGCCAGCAUUCGGGCUGUCUAAGCCAACCGAACGAACCAAGCUCGAGGGUAUCAAGUCCAAGGAGGACGAGGAAUGGGACAAAUGGUAA